UAAAGAUAACAUCUGAUAAGAUUAUUAUCAGUAAACGAUAAUCGCAAAUUCUUUGCGUUGUUAUAUCCAAAAGCGUGUAAACCUAAAAUAAAUGUGUUUCAUUUUUCUAAUGUUGGCGAUAAUGUCAAUUAGCGCGAAAUCAGAUCGAAGAUAAAAAAUCUGAUAAAAAUAUUAUCAAAUAGUGAUAAGAGCAAUUCCUUUUAAAAUACAAUAAAAACAGUGCUUAUUAAAAGAUGAUUUCGUUUUGUGUGAUUUUUUUGACACUUUUUGUGCACUUUUCCAUUCAGCAAUAUACAGGGAGUCUUGAAAUAGUGUCCGAUUUGGUGCCACAAGAUUGUUUCAGUCAAGGCCUCGACUAUUUCAAUGAGGAUGUUUCAAAAAUUGGUUUACCCAAAUGUGAUAAAUUUUCUAGACCAGGUAUUUGUGAUAAAUAUUACGGAACAUCGUAUAAAAGUGUGAUUUACAAACCUACCGAAUGUGCGAAAGAUGGAAAAUUUGGGGCCAAACAAUGCAAAGGGGAAUACACAACUGGAAGGUGUUUUUGUUUUGGGGCCGGUGGGGAAAGGUUGUUUGGUCAACAGUGGCAAAAUCAGGCCGAAAAUAUGACUUGUGCUUGUAGUCGCAAAAAGGCAGACAUGGCCGACUCUGUUUAUUUCAAUAGUUUGCACUGUGACACCAUGGGUAAUUACGAACCCCUCCAGUGUGACAUUAUUAGUGAACAAUGUUGGUGUGCGGACACUCAAACCGGAGAUUUAACCUCGCCGGUGGUUCCCCUAAAAGCAAUGUCGAAACUGCCAUGUUACGAUUCUGCCUCCGUGGGGGGCCAAUACCUGCGACAGUGCGAGAGCAAACUCUACGCCCAAAAACGCGUUCUCUAUGAACUGAAAUUGCAUGGAACUGUUGCAAGUUAUGUGGAUUUUUUGUGUGAUGAUGAUGGGAGUUACGGGGCUUACACUUAUGUGGAUGGGGCAGUUUAUUGCACCUGGAGGGACAAUAGUAAAAUUGGGUCCUGGGCUUCGGAUGGUAACGAUGCGGUCGAUUGCAAUUGUGCAAGGGAUAGCAAGAUUUAUGAAGAAGCGGGAAAAAGUCAAUCGUUGAAGUGUGAACCUAGUGGGAAUUAUAAAAACUUGCAAAAAACAGGGACAAAGGGCUAUUGUGUGGACUUGGAUGGGUACAGAAAAUCCCCGGUUGCUGACAAUGUGACAGAUGAGGCCCUUUGUGCAAAUUAUUUAGCGUACCAUUAAAAAACUAAUUAUUCUUCUCUGUAAAAUAAUGUUUUUUUUUAUUAAAAAUUUAAAU